AUGGACAGGCAACCAACCAUGCCGCCAGUACAGCAAGAUAGCGCACCCCUUGUGCAAUCAGACAGUGGCGUGGAUCUUACAACCAACAUGCAAUCCAUGCCAUCCAACAUGCAUUUUCCGAUAUCACCUCAGGAUGAACCAAGUACAAGGCCAAGCCAAUAUCAUGAGAGUAACGAGGAAACAACGAUGCAACAACCUCAGACAUUUGAAUAUGACCUUGGACCGUGCGAUAUUGACUGGGACUUUCCCAUUAACUGGCUACCAUACAACAACGACAUCGAAACCAAUUACUGUUCAAUACUGGGUCUCAAUGGAAACACGACUUCAACAGGGUCUCUCGACCCUUCGUAUGGAAACGAGCAACCCAUGAACCAGACCACUUUGAGCUCUUUCCCCAUGGGCAACACUCCGCAGACAGUCUCGACGGUUGCUUCACUCUCCCAAGGAAGUGGAGUGGCUGCCUCUCCCCAGCUCAGUAUGACGUCCGAUCGCACUAACCCUGGCGACUUGUAUGCUACGAGCUCAAAUGGUGCACGAAGACCUUGCACGGCUCGAUCAAAGCAAUUAUUUCCUCCACCAGGUGUUGAGAGCUGCAAACAACUGCCUCCCGUUUCUCAAGAUUCUAGAUCACGAACAAAAAAUAGUGACUGGGCGUUUCCAGACUUGGAUCACAUCAACAUCCAAGACAUUGAAGGGCUCAGAGAGUCAACAAUCACAGAAUCCACCUAUGCGAAUAUGUAUGACUCUUUCGAGAACACAUGCCUCGAAUCGGGCAUUUUUACAAACGAGUUUACAUCUUCGGAAUUCCCACCACUAGCAGUCUUGGAUUAUUGCACAAAGCUCUUCUUCGAACACUUUAAUCCCAUCUUUCCUCUUGUACACCCAAAUCUGACGGACCUCAAUGCUGACUGGAUCCUUACCCUCGCGAUUUGUGCAAUAGGAAGCCAGUAUUCGGCUACUGAGGACAUUGACGCAUGUGUUCGACCCCUACAUGAGUUUCUCAGGAGAGUUUUGGUCGUUCGUUUACAGUUGGAAAAUUCGGAAAUGAACCUCGCUUUAGCACAGGCUCUUGUCUUAAGUCAGGUAGGUCUGCUAUACUAUGGUACAAGCGAAUUUCGUCGAAGCGGCUGUCAACGAGUUGGUGACCUACAAAAAGUCGUCAACCUGUACUGGCAAUCCUAUUCACAGUCGAAGAGCGAUAUCAAUACUCAACUCAACCGAAGGGGUUCCAACUCCCAUGAAGAGUGGAAGAUAUGGGUUCAAGAAGAGACUUUGAGGAGACUGUGCUACUUUAUUUGGGUGAGAUCCCAUCGAGUGUCAUCAAGUGAAAAGGUUGGACUGACUUCCCCACAGCUUUUGGAUCGGAUGAGCUGCUACUUCUUUACCGACCAUCAAGCUAUCACGUUUGAUGUGCAAGAUAUCAGUUUGCCUCACGAUGGCCUAUGGUCUCAAACAUGUUCGUCAGACUGGUCAAAAGCAUACAAGCGUGUUGAGGGUCACUUACGAAUCGCAGAAAACCCUUCGCUCUCAUCAGCUACAAGCACCAUCUUCCGCGAUCGAACCGCCAAGUCGGACCUGGGAGAAUUUUCGCGCAUCCUUCUGCUUCACGCAGUCUAUCGAGAAUACUCAACCGUAAAUACCUACUGCAAGCGCCCUUUAUCAUCAUGGAUGCCGCAGAACAACCCUGAUCACCACAGCGAAGACUCGAGCGUACUAACUCUUACUGAGUCGAACUGGAGAAAUGCUGCACUCGAUUGUGUAGAUACACUACACUGGGCGGCGAAUGGGAUGAUAGCUUCAUUGCUAGGUGCUGAGCAUCCUACUGUACUUCACUUACACUUCUCGAGGGUUGUGCUGCUUGUACCUAGGGAAAUACUAAUGACUUUGGCAAAAUACAUUGAGUCGCCAGAGAGGGUCAGGAAGAUGGCGUUGAAUCAGCAAAAAGCGUUACAGGCUGAACGGGAAAUCUCCAAAUGGGCGCAACAGGAUGGGUCAAAAGCACGACUCGCAGUUUUGCAUUGUGGUUGCUUCCUUUGGCACAUCCGUCGGUAUGCCAAGAUGGCUUUUUACGAACCCUCAUGCGUGUUCUGGGCGAUCCUCACUUUAUGGGCCUACAGUGUGUACUCAUCCAAGUCAAGGCGAUCUUCAGACGAAGAGCGUAGUGGGAGUGUGACACGCCGUCCAUCACCAGAUCAUGUCAAGGCCAUUUCGGACGACGAGAACCCGACAUUCAUAAGACUAGAUCGACCUAACGACGAUGAAAUGGUCCAAUUAUUCGUGAGGGCAGGGGUUUUGAAGGCCUAUAUUAGUGGCGUUGGAGACAUAUAUGCCCCUACAGCGCCUACUCGCAUUCUGCGCGAGGGGAGGAAGAUUCUUGAGUCAGUGUCCCUGGCUUGGGGUCGAAGCACAGAGUACUUGGAUUUGUUGAAAGCUCUUGGAUGA